AUGUUGGGCAUGAACAAGGUCUUUCAGGCCGUGCGCACGAAGGUGUCUGCCGACAAGCAUCGGUACCAGCUCGGCGGCUAUGACCUUGACCUCACCUACAUCACCGAACGGAUCAUCGCGAUGGCAUUUCCGUCGGAGGGCUACGAGAAGGUGUACAGAAAUAACAUUGACGACGUGACCCGCCUACUGGGCGAGAAGCACAAGAGCCACUACAUGAUCUACAACCUCUCCAAUCGUGCAUACGACUAUGAAAAGUUCGACAACCACGCCGGCAAGGGACGAACAGGCACGGCGAUCGCGGCCUACCUGAUCUACAGCGGCCUCUUCUCCACGGCGGACAAGGCGCUGCGCUACUUUGCCUGCAAGCGCUCGAUCACCAUGUGGGGCGUGACCAACCCCUCCCAAGUCCGGUCGGUGCAAUAUUUCGAGCAGGUGUACGUCAAGGGACGGGUGCCGUCGGCGAAAGCGCUCGUGCUGCGCGAGGUGAUCAUGCACACCAUCCCCAACUUCGACAAGGGCUGCUCUCCCUACGUCGAGAUAUUUUCCACCUCCAAGAACUCCCUCGUCUCCUCACCACCACAGGGAGAUCCGGUAUUUUAUGCUGUGGAUGGCCCGCAAGUGGUCUCAUUUCCGGUCAACAAAAUCAUAUUUAUGGAGAUUGGCAUCGUCUUCAAGCACGUGACGCCCAUCUACCGGUAA